AUAUCAACACCAACAACAACUACAGGAAAGUUGGUUCCCAAGCAAUUCAAGAACUCUCUUUCUCUGAAAAGCAAUGGAAUGUUGUUCUAUCCAAAUAUCGUCGCCUUUGUCUUCCUCUGUUCUCAACCUUCAGGGCUCUUCAUCACCAUAUGAUAGAAAAUUUUCGAACAAAUCUUUGCAUCCUUGGUUACCAUCCUCUCCGCUUCCUAAACCGUUUCUUCAACUUAAUGACAGACCACAGUCGUUUGUUUCCCGAAAAAGCUUAGCUUCUCACUCUUCAAGAACAAAGAGCAGAUCCAUAUCAGCAGAAGCUGCUAAGCAGAGUUGGGACUUCGGUAGAUUUUUGAAAACUAUAUAUUUUUUCAACGGACCCCCAUCUCCUGCUAAGUUCUUUGAAUUUCUGAUUGAGAAACUAUCCAGUCCAUCACCUAGUAAACCAGAAAAGGCCAUGGAUACUUCCGGUAUUAUCCUGGUAGCUGGAGCUACUGGUGGUGUGGGUAGAAGAGUAGUUGAUAUCUUACAGAAGAAAGGAUUUCCAGUCCGAGUAUUGGUCAGAAAUGAAGAGAAGGCAAGAAGGAUGUUGGGCCCAGAUAUUGACUUGAUUGUUGGAGACAUUACUAAGGAGAGCACUCUGGUCCCUGAGUGUUUCAAAGGAGUGAGGAAAGUUAUUAAUGCCGUCUCUGUCAUUGUUGGGCCAAAGGAAGGAGACACUCCUGACAGGGCAAAAUACAGCCAAGGAAUCAAGUUCUUUGAACCGGAGAUAAAAGGUGAUUCUCCUGAAAUGGUGGAAUACAUUGGGAUGAAAAAUUUAAUCAAUGCUGUAAAAGAGAGUGUCGGACUUCGAAAGGGUAAACUACUAUUUGGAUUUGAAGAUAAUAAUUUGAGAGAACUCGCUUGGGGUGCUCUAGAUGAUGUUGUAAUGGGAGGAGUUAGUGAAAGCACAUUUCAGAUUGAUUUAACAGGCAGCGAAGUUGGUGGACCAGCUGGGGUCUUCAAAGGUGUUGUUUCCACUGCAAACAAUGGUGGCUUUACUAGUAUCAGAACAAAGAAUUUCUCAGUCCCAGAGGAUGUUUCUGCAUAUGAGGGCUUGGAGCUUCGCCUUAAAGGUGAUGGUCGCAGGUAUAAACUUAUCAUUCGCACUAGCCGCAAUUGGGACACUGUUGGUUAUACAGCAAGCUUCGACACCGUAGCAGACCAAUGGCAGUCAAUACGCUUGCCAUUUUCUUCUUUAAGGCCUAUAUUUCGAGCGCGAACUGUAUCAGAUGCCCCACCUUUUGACCCAACCAGUGUUAUAUCAUUGCAGCUCAUGUUCAGCAAGUUUGAGUAUGAUGGGAAAUUGAAUCCAACUUUUGUGGAAGGUGCAUUUCAGCUUCCAUUAUCAAGCAUUCGGACGUAUAUAAAGGAUCCUAUAUGUUCUAGGUUUGUACAUGUGAGUUCAGCAGGAGUUACGCGACCUGAAAGGCCUGGACUUGAUCUGAGUAAACAACCUCCUGCUGUCCGCUUAAACAAGGAAUUGGGUUUUAUUCUCACAUUCAAGUUGAAGGUUUAAAACUAAAACCUGCAAGCUGUUUAAUAAAGAUAUAAUUAUUUG